GCUCACAUCCUCUGUUUUGCACUCAUUCUUUUCUAUGCUUCAAUCCUGUUACACAGUCUAGAGCAAGGUGUGUGUGUGUGUCUAUGUUGUUGUUGUUUUAAGUGAGUGGAGUGGAGUCCACCUAAUAAAUGAUGUGUUUUGAGAAUUUGCCUGAGGAUAUGUCAAGAGCUAUAUUCUCCCUUCUGCUAUUUGGCACAGCUCUGCAAGGGCUCGAGGCUUUUAAAGUGAUCCACUUUGAAAAGGAAGAGGUAGCUGCGGGCCAGAACAUCAGCCUACCGUGCAUCUUCAACGAUACAUUUGAUAUAAAAAUCAGCCAAAUCGAAUGGCGCAAGAAGCCAAGCUUAAAGCUGGUUGUUCACCAUGUGACGAACGGACCCCACUAUUUCAGGAAUGAUGUUUGGUUGCAAACUGAGAUGGGCGAUAAUGAUACACUCCAGGGCUCGUAUCUGCAGCUUUUCAACACGCAGGUGAAUGACAGCGGGACGUAUGUCUGUGAACUCAUCACAUAUCCGUACGGCUCCAUGAGCAGAGAAACACGGCUCGAAGUUAAAGACGCGGAAGUGACAUGUGAUAAGGACAGCACUCUGGAAGUGUAUGUUGGGGACAAUGUCACUGUUCAAUGUGAAGUUCGUCUGUAUCCUACGGCCCUCUACAAGUGGUUUAAAAAUGAAACUGUGGUGUCAGAGAAUAGCUCCCUGGAGGUUGUGUUGAUGGAUGAAUCUCAAGCAGGAGUUUAUACACUGACGGUCUCCACUGGACACAAGACACUGCAAAGGAGUUUUAACGUUACAGUACUCACACCGACCGAAAGCCCAAGCACAGAGUUGACUACUAUUCUUUCCCAGAAUACAAAUCAUUCAAGUACCGGCGUGGUGUACGUGCCAACCACCGGGCCUGUUGAGGCGUCCUCCACAUUAGAAACCCGCCAAAACGUCUCCAGCUCAGUCCCUGCUACUCAAGCCACGACGGAAAACACUUACACCACCGCAGAGUCCCGCAACGAAUCCUUUACCGUGCGGCCGAUCAGCAGCUCCUCAGCGACGACGUUGGGUUUAGAAACCCGCCGGGGGUCCACUGAAAGGGCGGGCAUUGUCACGGAGGAGCGCGUCCCAGGGGAUGUGGAUCACCAACACACAGCCUCGUCCACCACCACCACCGUAGAGAUUGAGACCGACACCCCGGACAGCCUGACGAGGACAACCGCAAACCUCUCCUCUUCCCGCCUGACAACCGAAGAGACGGUGGUUAUCGUGAAGACAUCAGGCUCUAGGUCUAGUUAUGGGUGGCUGGCCAUCGUUCUGUGUCUGGUCUUGUGUGUCGUGUUCACAGUUCUCUACAGGAGACACAUCGUCCAAAAGAGGCUGGACCGUCCACCUCCGUUCAAACCCCCGCCUCCUCCAUUGAAGUACACCUCACUCAAGCCACAGCAGAUUCCAAUGAACAGCAGCUGCACCUGGCAGGGAGAGCUUGGGGGGCAGUGAUGACUUCAUGUCUCCGUGCUCCCGCAUGUAAAGCGAUAGUUGGUCUGUUGCAUAGAAAUAUGAACAUAUUAUACCCAGACUCAUUCCACACAUAGUUUGUUUCGCAAGAGCAACAUUGUGUGUGCGUGUGUGUGUGUGUUUGUGAGUGUGUGUCUGCAUGUGCGUGUGUGUGUGUGUGUGUGUGUGUGUGUGUGUGUGUGUGUGUGUGUGUGUGUGUGUGUGUGUGUGUGCGUGUGCGUGUGCGUGUGCGUAUGUGCCAAUGUUUGUGUGU